GCGCGGAGUUGCCCCGCCCCGUCCCGGCGCUUCCCCCGCGGGCUCGGGUUCCCAGGCUCCGCCGGCCGCCGGCAGCAUGGGCGCGGGCUGGGAGCUGGGGACCGCGGCGGGCCCCUCGCUGCUGCUGUGCGCCGCGCUGCUGCUCGCGGGUUGCGCGCUGGGCCUGCGCCUGGGCCGCGGCCGGGGGCGGGCGGACCGCGGGGUGCUCGCCUGGCUCUGCUACGACGCUCUGGUGCAUUUCGCUCUGGAAGGCCCUUUUGUCUACUUGUCUUUUGUAGGAAACAUUGCAGAUUCCGAAGGCUUGAUUGCUUCAUUGUGGAAAGAAUAUGGCAAAGCUGAUGCAAGAUGGCUGAAUUUUGACCCAACCAUUGUAUCUUUGGAAAUUCUGACUGUUGUCCUGGAUGGGUCUCUGGCGUUAGUCCUCAUUUAUGCCAUAGUCAAAGAGAAGUAUUAUCGGCAUUUCCUACAGAUUACCCUGUGCGUGUGUGAAUUGUAUGGCGGAUGGAUGACCUUCUUCCCGGACUGGCUUAUGGGAAGCCCCAACCUCAACACCAACAAUUGGCUCUACUUUGGGGUCUAUCUGGUAUUUUUCAAUAGUGUGUGGGUUCUGAUGCCAGGACUGUUACUGUGGCAGUCAUGGGUAGAACUCAAGAAAAUGUAUUACAGAGGAACCAGUUCAGGGAAAAAGUUCCAGUGAAUUUUCAAAAUCGCAAAUGCUGGUAUCUUGCUUUAUGAGCCGGAAAGGGUCAAACCUUUUUGGUUGGUCAAAAUGUAAUGCAUUCCUGUGUACACUUGCUUUUUCUACUGUUGUUCCUCAACAGCCUAUUUCAAAUUGAUUGUAUGGUGACAAGUUUUCAUUAAUUGUUUUUUUGUUUUGUUUUUUCUUUUCCCAAUUAAAUGACAAUAUGGGGAACAGAGAAUACAUUUUAACUUGUAAUAAUAACACGUUUAAUUCUAUGUUUUCAUGGCUAGCAUUAAUUGUUCCACAUUAAUAAAACCAAUGAUCAUAGAA